AUGGCCCUGAACGUCGACCCAGCGACCGCCACGUUCCCUGCCGCCGGAGGGAACGCCAAGCACAGUCUCAUCUCGCUGGCCGAUACGCGACUUGCCUUCAAGGUGAAGUCAUCGAACAACGAGUGCUACCGCGUGCGCCCCGUCUACGGAUUUAUCGGAUCCAAAGCCACCGUCGUGCUCGACAUCAUGCGAAUGGCCGGCCCGCCCAAGGAGGAUAAAUUCGUCAUUCAGUGGGCUGAGGUUCCCGAGGAGGAGACCGAUCCGAUGGCGCCGUUCAAGGCUGGCGCCCAGGCCGGCGAGGUCAUCCUCCCCACGAAAGCCGAA